AUGUUUUUGCUGAGAGAUUUAAAGAUGGUUCGAGUGCUUGGAGAGGGAUCCUUUGGAAGGGUAUUCCUUGUGUCCUUCGAAGGGCUCACAAGCAUAAAGAUGAAAAAGCUAUACGCGCUCAAAAUCAUGAGCAAAGCCCAAAUUAUCCACAGCAACCAGCUAAUGCACGUGUACAACGAGAAAACGGUAAUGCUUACCGUCCACUCUCCCUUCUUCGUGCGCCUGUACAGCACCUUCCAGGACGAAAGACACUUGUUCAUGGUCAUGGAGUAUGUCCCAGGGGGCGAGCUCUUCUCGUACAUGAAAGAAAUUAUAAAAUUCAGCGUAAAACACGCGCGAUUCUACAUUGCUGAAAUACUUGUAGCGCUCGAGACUCUGCACGGGCUGGGAAUUAUCUACAGAGACCUAAAGCCCGAGAAUGUUCUGCUUGACGAGCAGGGCCACAUAAAGCUCGCAGACUUUGGAUUUUCAAAAAGAAUGUACCAAGCAGUCACAUGGACACUCUGCGGCACUCCCGAGUACUUAGCACCGGAAAUCAUAAUGAACCAAGGCCACAGCUUUGAGGUGGACUUUUGGUCGCUUGGCGUCAUUCUGUACGAGAUGAUCGUGGGGUACCCCCCUUUCUACCACGACAGCCAGGUAGAGCUCUGCAGACUGAUUAUCGGAGGGAACAUCAAAUUCCCUGCCUUUGUUAAUCCCGUGGCUCGAGACCUCAUAAAGCAGCUUCUGCAGACGGACAGGAAAAAGAGGCUUGGAUACAAAAAAGGCGUGAAGAUAAUAUGCAGACACGCGUUCUUCCGAGACGUGAACUGGGAGAUGGUGCACAACAGAAGCUAUGCGCCCCCUAUAGUGCCGAUUGCAAAUGAAGAAGAUCACUCAAAAGAUGCUUCAUCGUGCUCUAUUCGCUCGCACAUAAUGGCCUCGGCAAAUGACCCUCCGGUACUUGAUCAGGCUUUUGAUCAGUACUAG